AUGCGCCGCAGCAUGUGGAGGGUCAUGGGACUCUUCAGCAAGAAGCGGCAGCAGUCACCCUCCGGCAGCACUUCUGGGCAGUCCUGCGCUGCCACCAGCACCACCAGUGCCUAUGAACUCCAGGAGAAGGACCUAGGCAGACUGCACCGCGCGGCGGCCCACGGCAACCUGGCCUGGCUGAGGCGGUGGCACUGGUGGCUGAAGAGAGUCAGCAUCAACAGGCGAGACAAGGAGAAGCGGACACCUCUGCAUCUUGCUUGUGCGAACGGCCAUGCAGAUGUCGUUAGCUUUCUAGUACAAGAGAACUGCCAGCUGAACCUCACUGACAAUUUCAAGAGAUCGCCACUGAUGAAGGCAGUACAGUGCCAGCAAGAAAAAUGUGUGGCUAUUCUGCUAGAGCAUGGUGCUGACCCGAAUCUGGCAGAUGCUGACGGCAACACUGCCCUUCACCUGGCUGUCCUAUCUCCUAAUACAGCUGUAGCGGGUCUGUUACUUGAGCAUAAUGCCAAUAUUGAUGCUCAGAACCAGGAGGGAUAUACCCCCCUUAAUCUUGCUGUCUCCAAACACCACAAGGAGAUGGUAGAGUUUCUUCAAAAAAAAGGGGCUGACGGACAUGCUCAAGAUCAGCGUGAAAGGACUGCUCUUAUGGUUGCCACAUUUGCAGAGGAUAUGAAUGCAAUCCAACUUCUUCUUUGGCAUGGUGCUGAUAGUCUUAUAGGGAUAUGA